AUGGCCUCCUCAGCCCGUGCUGUGGCCAAGAUGCCCAUGAUGGCAGGACGCUUCACUCCUGCCAUGCCCAUCGCUAUGCCUACUUCCAGGAUGCUCUCGACAAUCUCGAGGGCGACACGCUCACCGGCUGCGCGCCCCGUGGCCAAGUCCGCUGCCACGCUCAAGCUGGCGCGGACCGGCCGCAUCGCCUUUCGAAGGGCCUACGCUGACGAAGCACCCAAGCCAAAGCCUGGCAAGCUGAGGAGGACGUUCAGGUGGGCUUGGCGGCUCACGUACCUCUCUGUCCUCGGUGUCCUAGGCUACACUGGCUACGUUAUCUACCUCGAUCGCAACCCUGCCGAGCAGCUCGAGCGCGACCCGAAUAAGAAGACUCUGGUCGUCCUGGGCACCGGAUGGGGCUCUGUCGCUCUGCUGAAGAAGCUCGACACCGAAAACUACAAUGUCGUCGUCGUCUCACCCCGAAACUACUUCCUGUUCACACCACUCCUGCCCUCGUGCACGACGGGAACCAUUGAGCACCGCUCCAUCAUGGAGCCUGUCCGCGCCAUCCUCCGUCACAAGCGCGGUGCUGUCCAGUUCUACGAAGCCGAGGCCUCGAGCAUCGACCACGAGCGCAAGGUCGUCAAGAUCACCGACAACUCCGAAAUCAAGGGUGCCGUGGUCGAGAAUGAGAUUCCCUACGACAUGCUCGUCGUCGGUGUCGGCGCUGAGAACGCCACCUUUGGCAUCCCUGGCGUGCGGGAGAACUCGUGCUUCCUCAAGGAGAUUGGCGAUGCGCAGCGCAUCCGCAAGAAGAUCAUGGACUGCGUGGAGACGGCGGCCUUUAAGGAUCAGAAGGAUGCCGAGAUCAAUCGCCUCAUGCACAUGGUCGUUGUCGGUGGUGGUCCUACCGGUGUCGAGUUUGCUGGUGAGCUACAGGACUUUUUCGAGGAGGACAUCAAGAAGCUCGUGCCCGAGAUCAGCCCGCGGUUCAAGGUCACCCUGAUCGAGGCGCUGCCCAACGUCCUGCCCUCCUUCUCCAAGCAGCUCAUUGACUACACCGAGAACACCCUGCGCGAGGAGAAGAUUGACAUCAAGACAAAAACCAUGGUCAAAAAGGUCACCAGCGAGACCGUCGAGGCCGAGGUUGUGAAGCCCGACGGCACCAAGGAGCGCGUUGUGAUCCCGUACGGUCUGCUCGUCUGGGCCACUGGUAACGCCGUCCGUCCCAUUGUCAAGGAUCUCAUGAGCCGCAUCCCUGCCCAAAAGGACUCGCGCCGUGGCCUCGCUGUGAACGAGUACCUCGUCGUGCAAGGCACCCGCGACAUCUGGGCCAUUGGCGACUGCGCCGUGGCCGGCUAUGCCCCUACUGCGCAGGUCGCCGCGCAGGAGGGCAACUUCCUCGGCAGCCUGUUCAACAACAUGGCCAAGACGGAGAGCCACGAGAACCGCAUCCACGAGCUCAGCAGCCAGAUGAACCUCCAGGCCGGGGGCACCCCUCCUGCUGAGGCCGCCCAGGAGAUCGAGGCACUCGAGCGCCGCCUCAAGAAGAUCCGCGACAUCAAGCCCUUCCGCUACACCCACCAGGGGAGCAUGGCCUACAUUGGCAGCGAGAAGGCUGUCGCUGAUGUGAGCUGGUGGAACGGCAACUUUGCCUCCGGUGGCAGCAUGACCUACCUCUUCUGGCGCAGUGCGUACUUGUCCAUGUGCUUCAGCACUCGCAACCGUGUGCUCGUCGUGCUGGACUGGCUAAAGUCCAAGGCGUUUGGCCGCGACAUUUCUCGCGAAUAG